UAAAAGUUUUAGGUUGGCAGCCAUUUCCGCAAACGAGUUUUAACUUAACGGUCUUUACUCUUUAGUGAAGAACUUAACAUUUUAAACGACAACUUUAUUUCUACCGUGUUUAUUUGUUAUUAUAUGUGUGUGGAAUAGGUGUUUUUAUUGGUUUAACAACGAGAAGAUGGCAAGUCAAAGAUUAAAAGAACAGAACAUUAACGUUUACGUUAGAAUUCGACCAAAUACUGAAAGAGAAAAAGUACAUAAAUUUUCGUCCAUGUUAGAAGUUGUUUCGGAAAAAGACAUUCAUAUAAAGAAUGCAUAUUCAAAGAAAUAUCACUUUGACAGGGUUUUUGAUGAUACCUCAAGUCAAAGUGAUGUUUACAAUACAAUUGUCAGACCAUUAAUAACAGAAGUUAUUGGAGGAUAUAAUUGCACGGUCUUCGCUUAUGGUCAAACUGGAACUGGAAAAACUUUUACUAUGUCUGGUGGUAAAGGAGAGAAUGAAGGAAUUAUUCCUCGUACAAUCAACCAUAUCUUUGAUAUUUUGGACAAUACCGAUUUUUCUGUUCGUGUAUCAUACAUUCAACUUUAUAAUGAAGAACUCACAGAUAUGUUAUCAAGAAGUGAAAACCAACUUCGAAUAUUUGAAGACAAAAAUCAAAAAGGAUCAGUUAUUAUCCAAGGAAUUGAAGAGGUGCCAGUUACAAAUAAAUCCCAAAUUCAUAAAUUACAAGAACUUGGAAAUGAAAAACGUAAAACCGCCCCGACAUUAAUGAACGUGUCUUCCAGCCGAUCGCAUACAGUUUUUACCAUAAUUGUACACACCCGCGAAACAACAGCAUCUGGCGACGAACUUGUUAAAACGGGAAAAAUAAAUCUAGUAGAUCUAGCUGGUUCUGAAAACAUUUCUCGAUCUGGUGCCCAAGACAUGCGCGCUCGCGAAGCUGGAAAUAUCAACCAAUCAUUACUUACCCUUGGUCGAGUAAUAAAAGCGUUAACUGAGAAAAAUGCACAUGUUCCAUACCGCGAAUCAAAAUUGACGAGACUAUUACAAGAUAGUUUAGGUGGAACAACAAAAACAUCACUAAUUGCCACAAUAUCCUCAUCAUCUACAAAUACUGAAGAAACUUUAAGCACUUUAGAGUAUGCGAUGCGUGCGAAGUCAAUUAAAAAUCGCCCCGAGGUGAAUCAAAAAAUAUCGCGAGCCGCUUUGGUGCAACAAUACGUUGAAGAAAUUGAACGUUUAAAACGGGAUUUAAAUGCGGCUCGUACGAGAAAUGGCGUUUAUUUGGACGAUGAUAAUUAUAAAAGUUUAUUAGAACAAAAUGAAACUCGUCGUAAUGAAUUAAUUCAAAAAAUGUCAAUGAUAAAAAAUUUACAAAUAAAUUUAGAAGAGAAAACGAAUUCUUUGCAAACGAUGAAAUGCGAUUGGAAAGUGAUUUCGGAAAAUAACGAAAAGUUAAAGAACGAGAAAAUUGAACGUGAAGAACAAUUAAAUGAAUUUAAAACAAUGCUUUGUCAAAACUCUGAAACACUACAUAAUAAAUUAUCAUAUUUAUAUCAAACGUCUGAAAGUAAUCGAAGAUCCACAAAAACAUUUUUUGACAUUCACAAUGACUUAAACAACAAGAUAAUGUGUUGUAUAGAUGAUAUUAUAAUGUCGCUUGUAAAUAUUGACGUAGAAUCUACAUUGUCUAAUCGAUCUGAAAUAUUGGACCAAAAUUUGGAUAAAAUUAAAGGUUUUUUACCACUGCUUCACGAACUUUCUACAGAAAUAGAUACUUAUAAAAUGCAUUAUUUAACAGAUGAUUCAGUUAAUAGUAGAAUAAAAAAUUAUUUAAAUAAAUUAAAAAAUGGAAACGAAAGUAGCAGUAAAAAGAUAAUUAAUAAUACUAUUAGAUUUAUUGAAGAACAUUUAUCAGAAUUAACAAACUCUAUUCAUAAUAUAUCUACAGAAAGGAGAAAUGGCAUACAACGAGUUUUUUCAACACUUCAAGAUAUGAGAAGAAAUUUUUCAAUUGGUUUAACAUCAAUUUCGACUGAAUUAGUUGAAUUUCAAUAUGCCAUUUCAGAGAGUAGUCAAGCGGUUAUAGCGAAACUUGAAGAACAAAAUCAAAGGUUUUUGGAUUCUAAACGUAGAAUAGCACAAGCAAAACAACUGAUAAUCACAGAAUUUUCGGAAAUUGAAGAAAUGGAAAAUUUAUUAUCAUUGAAAAACGAUGAAAUUUAUACCGAUAUAACAAACAUAAAAUCCAGUAUUGAUAAUGGAAGUGCCCAGAAAUAUCAAUCAACUUUAACAGAAUGUAGUCAAUCAACUGAAAAUAAUUUCAAUGCUAUUAAUGCAAUUUUGGAAGCAAUAAAUAAAAACGAAUUAAUUAUUACACAAAAAGAAAGUAAGAAUAUUGAAGAAUCCUGUAAAGUGAUAAAGACAAAAACUGAAAAAGAAAUCAACAAACGCACCUCAACUACAAUCCAAACAAUUGAACAAAUCGCUAAAGAAUAUAAUAAUCAAUGUGAAACGUACAAUAAACAUCUUGAUAAUAUUAAAAGUAAUUGCGAUACUGUGAGGUUGGGUGUUUUAGAAACGUUGGGGGAAAUACGUAUAAAUGAAGAAGAACAAACGGAAUGUAUUAAAGAGCAAAUAAACAGUUUUCGAUUUAAUUUAGAAGGUGUGCUAAAAUCGGUUAAAGAUAAAUCCGAAAGUAUGUUAAACGUGGUUAAAAAGUUUUGUAGUAAAGAUUUAAGUCACCCGACAAGUACUGGUGAUACUCCCCGCCGAAUUACAUUACGGCAGUUAAAUGGCGACAAAGAAAAUGUUGAUUCAUCAUCAAACACUCCCAAUACUUCCGGAAUUUCGGACCGACCGAAAUUUUCAAUCAACGGACCUGAGGAUAAUUUAAUAAGAGCACUAUGGAGGAAGAAAAGUCCUGCUAACGAUAUUGACCCAUAAAUAUAUCUUUAAAUUAAAAUUAAUUUUAAAAACUGUGUGAUUAAGAUUUAGGUGUAAAUAGUAUUAAGUAAUUGAAUAUUUUUUUACAUUUUGCAAUAUUCACAUUAAAAAAGAAGUUUACUAUUACUAUAGUUAAAAUAAAUGAGUGCUUACUUUCUUAAUAAAUAUAUUAUUCAAAUUCAUAUCUUGAUCCUUUCACACAUAUCUUAACCUUUAUGAUAUAGAAACGCCCUACCUAAUUGAUAUAUAGAAUAAAUUAGCGGAAAUAUAUAUAUAUAUCAAACGAGUACUGAUUGUAUUUGGCGAUGAAUCCUAGAGGA